UCCAAGCGAAACUUUUGCAACUAAACUUAAAGCUGAACAAACACACACGCGUCCUUUUUUAGAAAAGGUUGUUUUUUUUGUCUGUUUUCAAGCCGAGACCAAGGCAGACACUGGGCUAUAUAGUCGCAGGUCAGGUUACUGACUCCUCUGUUGGCUGUUAAUAGGAGAGCCUCAGGGGCCCCAGGCUGUCCAGAGCCCCACACAGCCUGAGCUGAUCCGGUUCCUCCCUCCGGUCCAACAAACCAGCAGAUGCGGCAUGGACCUGGACAGCAAUAAGCGACUGGUGGUGGUGGUGCCAAAUGAAGUGUCGGUGGCUUCCCGUCGAGUGUUCAGCAGCGAGGAUGAAGCCUGGAAGAACUACCUGGAGAAUCCUCUGACGGCCGCCACUAAGGCCAUGAUGAGCAUCAAUGGCGAUGAGGACAGUGUGGCGGCUCUGGGGCUGCUGUACGAUUACUACAAGGUUCCCAGAGAGAGAAAACGCUCUUCCAGUGGCGUUACGCCCGCAGAUCCCUCCUCUGCAGUGUUGGGCCCAGACAUGCUGGAUCACCACAGUCAGACUCUGAGAUCCAUGCCGGUCAACCUCUCCCUGAACAGCUCUGCUACAGAACAUUACGGCUCCAAACGCGGCGCCAUCAGCGCUGCCUCAGAAACCAGGGGAGGAGACGGUAAAGACAGGAGCUACGCACCUCUCGCUCUGGUGAAAACAGAGGGCCAGACGUCCAUGCCGUCUGCUGGCUCCCGCCUGGAAGAAUCCAGAGAGCAGAUGAGGAGGCUUUAUGAGCAGAACUGCUAUGACUUAUCACUUCCUGGUUACCGAAAAGAAGAACAGGGGAACACGCCGGACAGCACUUAUGAGGAUGCUAGAGAAGAAGAGAUUUACCACAGAAGUCCUUCCUUACAAGUUGAUGUAUCUCAUCCAAAACUACCAGUCGACAGCUUCAAGUACAGCCUGGAAGCCAGCAUGUCUCUGCGGCCGCGUCAAGGAGAAGGACCCAUGGCUUACCUGAACCGGGGCCAAUUCUACGCUUUAACGUUGUCUGAAAACGGCUACAGCUCUUUCCACUGUCGGCCCAGAGCCAAAGCUUGGGGCAAAUCUAAUGGAAAGCCCUCCAGCAGUGAGCAGUCUGCCUCUUUGGGAGCCUCUGAUCCGCAGAGGGACACUGUCGUACAGAGUGUCAUCAUGGUGGUGUUUGGGGAAGACAAAUCCAGAGAUGAUCAGCUCAAGAAUUGGAAAUAUUGGCACUCCAGACAGCACACUGCAAAGCAAAGGGUUUUAGAUAUUGCUGACUACAAGGAGAGCUUUAGCACGAUUGGGAACGUGGAGGAAAUAGCUUACAAUGCUGUGUCUUUUACCUGGGAUGUGAGUGAAGAAGCCAAGGUUUUUAUCUCUGUGAACUGUUUGAGCACAGACUUCUCCUCCCAGAAGGGAGUGAAGGGCAUGCCUCUGAUCAUCCAGAUCGACACCUACAGCUACAACAGCUGCAGUAGCAGGCCUAUCCACAGGGCCUUCACUCAAAUCAAGGUCUUCUGUGACAAGGGUGCUGAGAGGAAACUCCGUGAUGAGGAAAAGAAGCAGCAAAGGAGGAAGAUGAAAGGGAAAAACAGCAGCUCGGGGCCGAGCUCCCCCAUCAGGAGGGCAGAAAGCACCCUGUUCAAAGGCAUGCUGGACCUGGACUCCCAGCCGGUGCUUUUCAUUCCUGACGUCCACUUUGGAAACCUGCAGAGAGCAGGACAGGUGUUUGCUGUCAACACCGAUGAGGUUGUCAUUGACAGAGGGCUUCCUAUGAAGAAGCUGUUAUGUCAGGAUGCGGUCUGCCCGCCUCAGGCCAAGAAGUCCAAGGUAGAGCCUGAGAGGAAAGUUCUGCUGUAUGUGAGGAAGGAGUGCGAUGAAGUAUUUGAUGCCUUAAUGCUGCGUGCCCCAACCCUCAAAGCACUGAUGGAGGCAAUCUCUGAGAAAUACACAGUUCCUGUUGAAAAAAUGACUAAAGUUUAUCAGAAAAGCAAAAAAGGGGUCCUGGUCAACAUGGACGACAACAUCGUUCAGCACUUCUCCAAUGAGGACACCUUCAUCCUGUCUUUUGAGAGCUCAGUGAACUCUUUUCGUGUUACUCUGUCAGAAAUCUGACAGCUAUUGGCCGUCAGGAGCAACCAGCUACUAGCAUUUACUGGAUAUAACAUGUGGUCUAUGUUUACAAUUGUUUUUAAAUGGCUCCUAAAGCUGUUUGCAUGUUGUUGUUUUUUAACUCUUAAGUCAGUCCGAUUGUAAAUCUGGAAAUUUUAAA